AUGAUGAUGUGAGUUUUAGUUUUUUUUCCAGAAAAAAUUGCGGGGGAAAACGAAAAACGAGGGGAAAAAAGAACAUGUCGAUGGAUUCCCAAGAGAUUUCUAUAUUAUGUACAAAUACCUUUGUACUUUUUAUUUUCUCGAAAUCUAAAGAAAACCACGAUUUUUCCACGUGGCAGGAGCAAAAAGUGAAAAAUUUGAAUUUUUGUUUACAGUGAAAAAAGGAUCAUUUGUUUUGUGUUACAAUAUUCAUUUCUCAUUUUAAACAUAUUUCUCAUCAAUAAUAUUUGGACAAUUUGUGGAAAAGGAAAAGUUGCGAAUGAAAAAGAGGAAAAAUCGAAUGCAUCAUCGGCAAGUUCAUCAAGACCUGCACAAAAACGGAAAGAUUCCAAAAAGGUUGGUGAAACUUGGGCUAAACAUUUGAAAAAAACAUUUUUUGCUGUUUCAAAAUUCAAGCUGAAGAUGAAAAUGAAUUUUGACUCCACCAAAUUUCAAAUUCAGUAGUCUUUUCCAAUUUCGGAAAGAAAUUCAGGUUCUCAAAUAUCUAGUCAGAAACUAAAGAUCGUUUUUUUGUACAAAAAAAGGCAAGUAUCUAAAUUAUUUUUUCCUACAUAGAAAAAAAACAUGUUAAUUCUGAAACAGUGGAUUUUUUUUCAAAAAAAAAAAAAGAGAACAUUUUGGAAUUUCGCUUCGAAGGGUGAAAAUUUUUAAAAUUUAAAAAAAUCGCUGUUAGUUAGCCUAACUUUUUUCAAUUUUUGGAAUUUUUUAUCGAUUUUUUCAAUUUUUCCGAAAUCCCUCCCCAAAAAACUCACCGCUUCUAUUUCUUAAAUCACAAAAAAAUAUUUCUAAAUCGAAUGUCGCUCCAAUUUCAACCAAUAAUCAUUCUCCUCACAUUUAAACUCAUAUUUGACCCUGAAAACUUAAAAAUUUCAAUCGAAACAGUGUUUCUCUAGAAAAAACCCAUCUUUCUUCGAUAAUCCUCGGAUUUUCCGUUGAUAGCGACAAUUCCAGCCUUGUAUAACAUCUAAAAAUUCAAUUUUUGACUGAAAUCAACUGAUUUUCCCCGGAAACCUGAAAACCCAGCGAAAAAAAACGAAAAAUGAAAAUAUUAUCGUGUUGCGCUAAACAGCGGGCAAGCGGAGUGUCGUUGUAAAAGUCAAUAUUAAUUUUCUAUUUUUGUGCCAAUAUUGAAUCUCCAGGUUUCGAACUGUUAUACUUUUUUUGUGAUUUUUUCUCAAAGUCAGAGAAAGGUUUUUAAAAAAACGAAGCGGUGUUUGCACACAUCAAAACACUUGAUGUGACGCCAAAUUUUCAGUGAUUUCGCUUUUUAUAAGAGAAAAAUUGCAGCAAAACUUUUCUAUCCCCUAAAAUCCACCAAAUUUUUCCAGGCUAAAUUAGCUGAAAAACCAGCAGCAUCCGGAGCAGUUACACCAACUCAAAAUCCGUCUCCAGAAGGACCAGUCGUAGUUGCAACAACUCCAACAUCGCAUCCAAAUCCACUACUCGUUGAACAAACUCAACCGGAUUCCGUCAAAUUUCCAGCUCGUGUUGAACCGGCGAAAAUCGAGGGAAAACCACACCAGAAACAGCAAAAAACAUUGAGUCAAGUGCAAGAAAUUUCGCCAUUUGUGAUAGCUGGCGAAAAAACUGGAAAUAAGGAGGAUUUUGAUGAUUACUUGAAUAAUUUGGGCGGAUAA